AAGUUUAUUUGUGAUGGUAACCUAUGUUGUAGGUACUUAGCUAACUGUGGCGGUUUUUUUUUCAUUUAUGUUAUUUUGUUCCGUAUUUUCAUCUUGAAGAUAUGGAGUACGCUCCUGCAGUAAGUGAACACCCAUACACUUUAAAUUAUAUUUUGUUUUACAAUGUGUGUUGUUAAUUGUUUGUGUUUUUUAAUGAUUCUUACCUUCAUUUUAAGUUGGUGAUGUCCAUUCAUGUGGCAGCUGAAGCCCUCCCACCACAACCCAUGGAACCACUCCCACCCCAACCGCCGCAAGCCCUCCAACCCCAACCGGCUCCUCAUCCUCCAAGGCAACGGAGGCAUGCUAGCCAUGCUAGCUUGGCAUGUCGCAGGGCCAGUUCAGUAAGGUCCUGCGGCGUGUCAGCCAAGCUUUCCUAAGCCGAGUGAAGCAAUUUAUCGCAAUGCCUUUGGAUGUUGGUGCCCUGGCUGUGGUGAAGCGGCAAUUUCAGGAAGGUGGUAGUCGCUUCCCACACGUUAUUGGGGUUGUGGAUGGGACACAUGUAGCUAUUGUUGCGCCAAGACAUAAUGAAGAAAUUUAUAGAAACAGGAAACUGUUUCAUUCUCUGAAUGUAAUGGUUAUUUGUGGCCCAUCCCUCCAGAUCCUGUCCCUGAAUGCUAAGUUCCCUGGGAACUCCCAUGAUGCCCAUGUCAUUAGACAAUCAGGGAUAUGGCAAAGAUUAAGAACGAUGGAAGGCCAAGACAUGUGGCUAUUGGGAGACCGUGGAUAUCCUUGCACCCCCUGGCUCAUGACUCCUUACAGUAAACCCAGGCCAGGACCACAGACGGCAUUUAACUCCGCGCUUACUGCCACUAGACAGCUGCUGGAGCACACGAUUGGUGUUCUUAAAGGGCGUUUUCAUGUGCUCCACCGCACUGGCGGCGACAUCAUGUAUUCACCGGAGAUGCUGAUUGUUAAUGCAAAAUGUGGGCAAGCACAACGACAAGCAGAGGAUGGAAGGCCGCAAAGUGCCAGCCCAGACCAAUCCCCUUCUUCGCCCCCCUCCCCUUCUGUGGCCCAAUCCCCCUCUCCGCCCCCCUCCCCCUCUCUUUCCCAAUCCCCUUCUCAGCCCCACUCCCCCUCUCUUUCCCAAUCCCCUUCUCCACCCCACUCACCCUCUCUUUCACAAUCCCCUUCUCAGCCCCCCUCCUCUUCUGUGGCCCAAUCCCCCACUCCGCCACCCUCCCCCUCUCUUUUUCAAACCGCUUCUCAGCCCCACUCCCCCUCUCUUUCCCAAUCCACUUCUCCACCCCACUCCCCUUCUGUGGCCCAAUCCCCCUCUCCGCCACCCUCCCCCUCUCUUUACCAAAACCCCUCUCUGUCCCCCUCCCCCUCUGUAGCCCAAACCACCUCUCCGCCCACCUCCCCCUCUCUUUGCCAAUCCUCCUCUCUGCCCCCCUCCCCCUCUGUGGCCCAACCCACCUCUCUGCACCCCUCUGUGGCCCAAACCACCUCUCUGCACCCCUCUGUGGCCCAAACCACCUCUACGCCACCCUCCCCCUCUCAAUCUGACCCACCCUCUGUAACCAGAUCCCCCUUCCAUCCUCUAUCCACAAUCCAGACUCCUUCCCCCAUCCAGACUCCUUUCCCCAUCCAGCCUCCUUCCCCACAAUCUGAAUGGGCAGCAGAGGCCCCGGAGCGACUUGAGGGAGGUGAACAAGUGGCAGAGGAGAAUGUUGCGGUUGGAGAUCCCACAAGUUUUGCGGGCAUUCUGGCCAGCAUGCGCCAGCACCUACAAGCCUUGUUAAAUAAUGUUUCCCAGUUGGAAAAGUUUUCAUAAUAUUUUAUUUAAUUAAAAAACAAACAAAAAAAAACAGUUAAUUGAAGAAAAAAAU